GCCUUGCUGCGCUCGCUCUGCGGCCCCACCCGCCUCUUCACGCAGAGGCGGCCCGUGCCGGAGCUUUUUGGGGCCAUGACGGCCGCGUGUUGCCCCCUCCCCGCCGAGGAGCGCGGGGUCUGCGCCCGGGAGCAGCUGUCCCAGGCCAUCGCCACGCUCUGUGCCACCCCCGAGGACUCCUGGCGGGACCCCCAGGGCUGCUGCUCGUGGGAGGAGCCCGAGCGGCGCCGCUGCUUCGACAACGCCUACCUGGACCGGGUGACCCUGGGAGCCGCCGUGGCCCCCCCACCCCCCGGCCACGACGAGUGAACCCCCCCCACCCCCGGCAU